AAUGUAAGUAGAUAUAAUUUCUUAAAGAAAAAGUUCAAUCAUUUUAACAGUCAAUAUACAUAUCCAUAUAGCAUUUGCCUUUUCACAAUUAAAGUUUGCUUGGUGUCCCUAUUGAUACACAAAUGUUAAAACUUGAAGCCAACCAAACUUCAAAAAGUCAGGAACACGUGGACGUAUAGCAAUGGCUGAUCACUGCCAACUCACCGCUUAUCAAGAGACCUCCUCCUCAAGGGCGUUAUUUUCCCGCCACCAUCGUUAACGAGAGUCUCAGUCGUCAGUUUCAGGUUGUAACUGAAAUCACGAAGAAGCUCCAAUGGCCGCCACACGCAACGCCGUCGUGUUCAUCGUCAUACUUGCGAUCACCUUCUCUUCCUCCUCCGCAGUGACCGAGACGCAGGCCCCUUCUCCACCGGCUCUCACCUGUACGGAGGAGCUAGUUAUGUUCUCUCCAUGCCUUCCUUACGUCUCCGCUCCACCAAACAGCAUGUCAGACGCGCCGGAUCCUCUUUGCUGCUCGGCUUUCUCCACAUCCGUUAAUUCCGGCGCCGGAAACUGCCUCUGUUAUCUUCUCCGGCAACCUAUGAUCCUUGGAUUCCCGUUCAAUAGAUCACGACUGCUUUCUCUUUCCCAGAUCUGUAGCGAUCUUAGCUCCGACGAAUCUUUCGAGUCUAUCUGCUCGCCAUCAGAGUCGCCGGAGCUUCCGCCGCUUCAGAGCAUUCAGUUCACAGCUCCUUUUGUUUACGGUGAUAGAGCUUCCGCAUCUUCUCCACUGUUCGCCAUCUCACCGGAAGCCGCCGGAAUUUCACCAACCUCCGAUCAACCCUCACCAGAAACAGAUAGCUUAUCAUCAACACCAGAAUGAUCAGAAGCUUCUGCUUUCUCUCGACCAUCAUCAUGACGCUGCCCACUUCUAUCUUCACUCGCAUCUGAAGCAUUCCUCUUUCUUUCCUUUACAAUCUCAAGUUCAUUACAUUGUUCUCGAGUGGUGGGUGUCUCUUUAAAACCCAUACUUGAUCUCUUCCUUUUGGCUUUGUGUAUCGAACAAAGAUGAUAUAGGUAAACCAUUGUUCUCAGAGUA